AAACUACCACAAAAACAGAAAAAGGAAACUCUACCUUCUCGUUAAAGAUACGGAGAGAGAGAGAGAGGGGGGUAGAAAAAAAAACGGAGAGAGAGAGAGAGAGAGAGAGAGAGGGAGAGAGAGACAGAAUUCCCAUGUGAAGUGACCUGAAAGGCAACCAAAUUGGAGGGAGAGAAGAGAGAGCAAAAGAAGCAAACUUGGGGAAUAUAUAAAGCGCUCUCUCUCUCUCUCGGGCCAAAAAGUGCUUUAGAUAUGGCCAUGAGAGAGAAUACAACUUAGCUUGCCGAGAUAAGCGCAUAGAAUAAGACAUACUCCAAACAACAAGAAUCUUGGCAUUCCCAUUAUCCAGAAAGUAGAUCUCUUUCGAAAACAAACUCGCUUAGAUAUGGGAACCUUGGCGCUUGAAACAGAGUCUGUGAUCUCCGACAUUUUCCGAUCUUUAGGGCUUAAAGAAUCAGGCAAGGAGAAUCCAGAAAUCCCACGAGUUCUUCGGCUUCUUUCUUCACUGCUUGAGAGAUCUGUUCAGAAAAAUGAAAUUUUACUUGAGAAUUCACAAAUUAAAGAUGUCCUUACAAUAUUUCACGGCUCAAGAGCACCUUCUCUAGGCAUUCAACAGUAUCUUGAUCGAAUCUUCAAGUACUCAUGCUGCAGCCCUUCGUGCUUUGUCUUGGCCCACAUUUAUUUGGAGAGAUUUAUCCAACGAAAGAAAGUUCAUUUAACCUCCCUCAAUGUUCACCGGCUUGUAAUCACAAGUGUGAUGGUGGCAGCAAAAUUUAUUGAUGACGCAUACUUCAAUAACGAUUACUAUGCAAGAGUGGGAGGAGUAAGCACAAAAGAGUUGAAUAGAUUGGAGAUGAAAUUCUUGUUUGGUCUGGAUUUUAGACUCUACGUAAGCGUUGAAGCAUUUGGGAAGUGCUGUUCGCAAUUGGAAAAGGAAGCGGCUCUUGGGAUUCCCAUUGAACGACCAAUUCUGGCCUGCAGAAUCAGGGAGAGCUGGUCCAACACAGAUGAUUCAUCUUGCGCUUCCACAACUGCUACAUGAAGAAUUCGUAUGUAUCAUUUCAAAUUAUCAAUUCAGGGGGUUGUCAAUUGUUAUAAAAUGGUCAUUAGAGAUUCAGAAUGGUUGGUUUCUAAGCAGGCAGUGUGAAAUUUUGUUUCAGUGUCCUGUUUGUGUGAUUGUUUUCGGUCUUCAUUUCUGUCCCCAAAGCUUCCAACUUUUCUGUUGGUUUUCCCAGAAUGAUUUCAGUCUUUCGUUGGACAGAAGCUCAUUAUUAAGAGAAGAUGUUGCUAUGAUUGCCCAAGAAA